AAAUAGAUUCUUUCUUCUUUUUUUUAACAAUGCUGUUAAAACUACCACUCUCGAAGAAUCGUGGUGGCGCGAGGACACGACAAGAUAUCUCAAUCAAUCACAGAUAUCGUGAGAAUUGGCUUCUUUCGAACGGAGGCCCUCGGUUAAUUUAACGAAUCCAUUGGACAAACACUUUGGGAUUAAAAAUUCGGUUGAAAAGCUGUGGGCCAUCGGUUAUUGAUUUUUCACCCGGUUGUUGCAACAAUGACAGUCGGUCAGCAUUGUUGAGGGACAGGCAUCGCAUGUGAUUGGUCGAGUCAAUUAAAGAAAAGAGAAAAGAAGUGUUUAAAAGAGAAAGAAGUGACAAUGACGAGAAACAUUUGACUCAUACGUAAGAAAAGAAGAUUUAUUUAAAAAAAAGCCUUCGAGUAUUCAACGAACUUUUGUAAAAAAGAAUGAAACAUCGAUGACCGGAAGAAUAUAUAUUUAACGAGUUGGAAUAAAAUUUUAAAAAAGACAAAAGAGAAAAGAAACGUUAUAUAGAGCUGUAAUCUUCCUUGCGCAAGGUGCGAAGGUAUAAAAUUAUAAACAGAGCGAUUCGAAUAUUGGAUGUCGGCCGUAUGGCAGGGAUGAAUGGGCAACAUCCGGUUUUCUGAUUCACCAAGAUAUUCUUGAGAAAUGCGUAAGACGCACGCCUAGACGUUUGCUCGAUCCAAUAUUGUCUUAACUGAUGGAUAAUUGAUAAAAUCGAGCUGUACUCGCCUUUUAACAUCGAGAAAAAUAACCACUGUUUUGCAUCAUUUAAUCUCAUCACUACGAGAUAAACGAAGAUUGGUUUCAUCAUUGGUUUGCAAAUCGAUCGAUGUAUUUGUAAAAAAAAAAAAAAGAAGCGAUUAUUUACAAACUUUUUAUCGUUCACGGAUGGAAAAGUAUAAUAUCGAUGCAAACAUGAGACAGUGUUUCGACGGAGUUUUAGUACACGGAGGAACAAGUACUCCUUUAACUAAUCAUUAUGUAAAUGAUGCAAAUUAUUAUGAAAUCUCAAGCAAUGAUGACAAUUCAAAUCCCUUGGAGAAAUUUUACUUAAUUACUGGACAAAGGUGGCAUACGGAUACUGUGCUACCUAUUCCUUUAUUGCCAUCUACAGAGGGAAUGUCUGCUCGAUCUCAUCACAGAUAUCAACUUUUUAUACAUAGGAUCCCACAGUCCAUAACGGGACUGGAUGAUGCUGGAAUGGAUUUGCAAGCAGCUCAACUCAGUACCCGCACAGGACAGGAGGUACGUUCCACUGCAACCUUAUCAUGGCUAGAUUGGCAAUUGUCCCUGUUCGUAGCAGUUUGCGCCAUCGGUGGCGUCAUUCUCUUUACAUUUCUGAUUUUGUUAUGGCUGCGGAAACAAAUGUCGCGUGAAAAAGAUACCGAAGAUGGUGAUAGGAGAGGUUUGGUAGAGGAAGGUGCUGUGGGUCAUCCGGAAAAAUCUAUAAAAUCUUCAAAAGGAUCGAUUGAAUGGGUUCAUCAACCCGCAACGAAAUCAUCAGUUCAAUCUGUUCCUACUCGAUCUCUCACGCAAGCCAUUGGUUUACCAGAAGUAAUGUCAGUAGCGACUCCAGAACGCAGACCGGAACCGAUACGGAUAAGGACUAAAGGAUUGUUAGAACGACGUGGAUCAAGUGCAAGUUUGACUAUAGAAUUGGCACCACCUCCAGAAAGUCCACCUCAUAUUGUUACACCUACUCGUGAAUGUACUGCAGAGGAAUUUCUAUUAAGCGCUGGAAACGUUUUAUCAAGAGCACAACUUAGAAAGGCAAUCAGUGACACGGCGUCGUUACAUAAAGAAUUUUGGGAAGUUCCUCUUAAUUUACCAGAGAAAUUAGAUAUAUGUGGAUCUGGGGUGAAGAAUAGAUAUUGUUCCGUAUUACCAAAUCCACAAUCAAGAGUGAUUUUACCGGGUCCUUCUGACGAUCCUCUUUCAAGUUAUAUUAAUGCCAAUUAUAUUCGGGGAUAUGAUGGAGAAGAUGCACGCUAUAUUGCAACACAGGGACCAUUAGCUCACACUGUGGAUGAUUUUUGGAAAAUGGUCUGGGCAGAAAAAGUACCCGCGAUAGUUAUGAUGACGAAAUUACACGAAGCCGCCAAAACAAAAUGCGAAGCAUAUUUUCCAUUGGAUAAAAAUAAUCGCAUACAGGCUGGACUGUUUACUAUUAUUGUUAGUUCUAUUGAUACAAGAGAAGGAUAUACGAUCAGAGAUUUGGAACUUCGAUAUGAAGGCGAAAGAAAGCAUGUGCAGCAUUACUGGUAUGAUUCAUGGCCAGACCAUGCCGUACCUCAAACGGCGGAUACCCUUGUUAGUUUAGCUGCAGAAGUAAAUUCUUUACCAGGUCCGGUCGUUGUUCAUUGUAGUGCUGGAAUUGGACGAACUGGUUGUUUCAUAGCUUUAGCUACGGGAAUGACGCAGUUAUUACGAGAUGGGAAUGUAGAUGUAUUGGGUAUUUUAUGCCAAAUGAGAUAUGACAGAGGUGGUAUGGUUCAGACAGCAGAACAAUACGAAUUCGUUCAUCGUGCACUUUGUCUGUAUGAACAGACACUUGAAGGUGGUAAAUCAUCAAGUUCAGGUGAUUGAAAUUAUAAACAAAGUGAUUAUGGGAAUUGAUAAAAGUUCAGUAGAAGAAAAAGAAUUGGUCUUAGAAUUAUUAUGAAAAGAUUUACGAAAUGAAUAUGGUCUGCAACAUAUUAGUAACGUUCGGGCGUGAAUAUUUGUACUAUGGAGGAAAUCCUAUGAAAAGAAUCUUGAUUUCAAUUCUAGACCAACGGAUGUCUUAUUCGAUCUUCAGCUAUUCAAGAUGAGUUUUAUCUCACUAAAUAAGCUGCCAUUUCUAUACUGCCAUGACAAAUCGUUGACAAUUAAUAUCAGUCACACAAAGCUCAAGAUAAAGGUAAAUGGUUAUUGACUCAUGUUCUAAAGAGUUCUACAUUAUUCUUAAACGGAAUUAAAACUGUUUGACAAAUGGAAAAAAAAAAAAAAAGAAAAAGAAAAAAAAGAAAAAAAAAA